AUGGCACACCCAGGCAUCGCCCACAAGUACUCCAAACGUCGCAUCGCAUUCGAGCACGCGCCCACUCCCUCCUCCUCCUCCUCCUCCUCCUCCUCCACCACCAUACCAAAUACCCUCCUCUGGGUCGGCGGCCUAACCGACGGCCUCCUCACCGUCCCCUACCCCACGCAAAUCGCAAAAUCCCUCCCCCCAACAUGGACCCUCUCCGAAGUCCUCCUCUCCUCCUCAUACAAAGGCUGGGGCACAGGUUCCCUCGCACGCGACGCCCGCGAACUAAACGAAUGCGUUUCGUACUUCAAGAACCUCCGACCAGGGAAAAAGGUCGUCGUCAUGGGCCACUCAACCGGCUGUCAGGAUAUCAUGGAGUACCUCGUAGGCAAAGAUUAUGAUAAGCGGGAGAGCCUGGAUGGCGUGAUACUCCAGGGUGGCGUCAGUGACCGUGAGGCAUGGGAGGAUUUCGGGAAAGAAGGAAAGGCGAAACAGGAUUUGGCGGAUGCGAUUAGCAAGACGAGGGAGUUUGUGGAGAAAGGCAAGGGGAGUGAGGUUUUGUCGCGUGAGGGCAAUCGUGUGCUGGAAGAAAUGGGUGGCCCGUUGACUGCGUAUCGAGCGUAUUCUCUACUGGCGAAAGGUGGCGAUGACGAUUACUUUUCCAGCGACCUUUCAGACGAACACUUUGCGAGCACGUUUGGGAGAAUACCGGCGACGACGCCCGUGUGCUUUUUGUUAGGCGAGCUGGAUCCGUAUGUACCGGAGAAGGUGGAUAGGGCGGCUUUGCUAAAGCGAUGGACGCGGAUUAUACGCGAGGGAGGUGGGGUUGUGGAUGAUGAGGAUGGUGGUGUGGUAAAGGGUGCACAUCAUAAUUUAGACGGGGAUCCAGAGGAUGUGGUGGAAGAUUUGGUGAGGAGGGUAUGUGGGUUUGUUGCUGGUUUGGAGGAGGAGAGGGGGUGGAAGAGUGCUGGGUCUAGGCUUUGA